GAAUGGACGGGCAACCAGGGAAUCCCCGAGACCCCCGGGUGGGGCGGGGUAACUAGGGGCCCCUCUCCAUUGCGGUAAUCAGAAGCCCCAGGGCCACGUGACCUUCCAUUUCACGUGGCAAUUGGGGAGAGAACUAACUGAUGCCACGUGAAUCCUGUGCUGGCGGACAGCUGGGUUUCCACCCUGGACCAGCAAGCUGAGUCUUUUCUGCAAACUCUUAGCCCUGGGGAUGAUGCAACCGAGCCCACUGCUUGCAUCAGGAUUCUCGAGGCUCUGUGGACUGGAAGGAGCCUCUUCGGAGAUAUGGUCAGCUGGUCAGGAUGGUCAUACGGUGCCAGCACAGUGAAGCAGCCCAGACCCAGACUGGAGAAGCAACCAGGGGCUGGACAGGCCAGGAGAGGCUGUCAGACAGUGACCCUGAGAUGUGGGAGCUGCUGCAAAGGGAGAAGGACAGACAAUGUCGUGGCCUGGAACUCAUUGCCUCAGAGAAUUUCUGCAGUCGAGCUGCGCUGGAAGCCCUGGGGUCCUGUCUGAACAACAAGUACUCGGAGGGUUAUCCUGGCAAGAGAUAUUAUGGAGGAGCAGAGGUAGUGGAUGAAAUCGAGCUGCUGUGUCAACGCCGGGCCUUGGAGGCCUUUGACCUGGAUCCUGCACAGUGGGGAGUCAAUGUCCAGCCUUAUUCGGGGUCCCCAGCCAAUCUGGCAGCCUAUACAGCCCUUCUGCAGCCUCAUGACCGAAUCAUGGGGCUGGACCUGCCUGAUGGUGGCCAUCUCACCCAUGGCUAUAUGUCUGAUGUCAAGAGGAUCUCAGCCACAUCCAUCUUCUUUGAGUCUAUGCCCUAUAAAUUGAAUCCCCAAACUGGCCUUAUUGACUAUGACCAGCUGGCAAUCACUGCUCGACUUUUCCGACCACGGCUCAUCAUAGCUGGAACCAGCGCCUAUGCUCGCCUCAUUGAUUAUGCCCGCAUGAGAGAGGUGUGUGAUGAGGUCAAAGCAUACCUGUUGGCAGACAUGGCCCACAUUAGUGGCCUGGUGGCUGGCAAGGUGAUCCCUUCACCUUUCAAGCAUGCGGAUGUUGUCACCACUACCACUCACAAGACGCUUCGAGGGGCCAGGUCAGGACUCAUCUUCUAUCGGAAGGGGGUACAGUCUGUGGACCCCAAGACUGGCCGGGAGAUCCCUUAUACGUUUGAGGACCGAAUCAACUUUGCUGUGUUCCCGUCCUUGCAGGGGGGCCCCCACAACCAUGCCAUUGCUGCAGUGGCUGUGGCCCUAAAGCAGGCCUGCACCCCCAUGUUCCGGGAGUACUCCCUGCAGGUUCUGAAGAAUGCUCGGGCCAUGGCUGAUGCCCUGCUAGAUCGAGGCUACUCACUGGUAUCUGGUGGCACUGACAACCACCUAGUGCUGGUGGACCUGCGGCCCAAGGGCCUGGAUGGGGCUCGGGCUGAGCGGGUGCUGGAGCUUGUAUCCAUCACAGCCAACAAGAACACCUGUCCUGGAGACCGAAGUGCCAUCACUCCAGGGGGCCUUCGGCUUGGGGCCCCAGCCUUGACCUCUCGACAGUUUCGUGAGGAUGACUUCAGGAAAGUGGUGGACUUUAUAGAUGAAGGGGUCAACAUUGGCUUGGAGGUGAAGAGCAAGACCUCCAAACUGCAAGAUUUCAAAUCCUUCUUGCUCAAGGACCCAGAAACAAGACAUCGGCUUGCUGACCUCAGGAAACGGGUGGAGCAGUUUGCCAGGGCCUUCCCCAUGCCUGGUUUUGAUGAGCACUGAAGGCACCAAGGAAAUGAGGCUCAUAGACUAAAGUUAUUCGUCUUCCCUGUACCUGGACCAAUGGAGGGGAUCGCCUAUCUUCCAAUUUUUUGCUGGAGGAGGGAAGUCCUCUCACUUAGAGGAAGAGCCAGAUGUAGUUUCCUUCACAAAAUUUGUAGCUGAAAUUCCUUUUUGUAAGAAGACUUAGAAGAAGGGGGCUGGGGCUCUCUGCCCUAACGGUGCCCGUUAUCUCAGUGUUAUAGACUCCCUACUCUUUCUUAGGGACAGGGGAGUUACCUUUGUGAGCCAGAGGAAGGGGUGGGUAGACACCCUCCUUUCUGUUUUUAUCUAAUAAAAUGCUAACCUGA